UUUCAUUCGCAGUCUUUCGCGACAACUAAAUCUGAACGCAGCUUGUGAACGUUUUAGUUCCUAAAUCAAGUUCAGUGAGAAUAGUUUGUGUUUUAUAUUAAUUAUAAAAAGGUACAAAACUAAUUUAUUUAAUUCUAACGAUUGCUAGUUGAUUUAUUCAAGAGUUAGUUCUGUGUAGCGGCAUUAUUUUCUGGAAUCGUCUUCCUUGACCAGUGCAAUCGGAAGAAGAUGCCGCCUCAAGGGCAGCAGAACGGGGAAUCGUGGGCACUGUUCGAAGCAGAUGCGAAAGCUGUGGAACCGGCGAUAGUUCCACCGUCGGCUGAAAAGAGAAAAUGGGAGAUAGUAUGGAGGAAUGUCAUACUCUUUGCUCUAUUACAUUUAACCGGACUCUACGGUGGAUAUCUUUUCUUCUUCAAAGCGAUGUGGUCGACAAGUCUGUUCGCGUUUAUUCUAUAUCUGUGCUCGGGGCUGGGUAUCACUGCGGGAGCGCAUCGGCUGUGGGCACACAAGUCAUACAAGGCUAAGCUACCUUUGCGAAUGAUGCUCACACUCUUCAAUACGAUAGCUUUCCAGGAUGCUGUGUUGGACUGGGCUCGUGACCAUAGAAUGCAUCACAAGUACUCGGAGACCGACGCAGACCCUCACAACGCGACUCGCGGGUUCUUUUUCUCCCACGUUGGCUGGCUGCUUGUGAAGAAACAUCCUCAGAUCAAAGAAAAAGGCAAAUCACUGGACAUGAAUGAUCUCUGGGCUGAUCCUGUGCUACGUUUCCAGAAGAAGUACUACUUGCUGAUAAUGCCUUUGUGCUGCUUUGUUCUGCCGACCUAUAUCCCUACACUGUGGGGUGAAUCCUUGUGGAACGCGUUUUACGUCUGUGCCAUAUUCAGAUACGUCUACGUCCUCAACGUCACUUGGUUCGUCAACUCUGUAGCCCAUUUGUGGGGCUCCAAGCCUUACGAUAAACACAUCAAUCCUGUCGAAACUAAACCCGUCUCGUUAGUCGUGCUCGGCGAGGGCUUCCAUAACUACCAUCACACUUUCCCCUGGGACUACAAAACUGCAGAGCUUGGAGACUACUCUCUUAAUUUCACCAAAAUGUUCAUAGACGGUAUGGCUAAGAUCGGUUGGGCCUAUGAUUUGAAAACUGUAUCGACUGACGUUAUAGAGAAGAGAGUAAAGCGAACAGGCGAUGGAAGUCACAACGUAUGGGGUUGGGAUGACAAAGAUGUUAACGCAGAAGAGAAGAAAGUUGCCCAAAUUAUAAAUCCAAAAGAAGAAUAAAAAUAAAACGUACCAAAUUGAGGGUGAUGCUAAGCUGUAUGUCACUAUAGAAUUAGAUUAACUGAAUCGACUGUGACGGAUUUGUGAUAAUUUUAAUAAGUCUGCUGUAUCAUGUUUGUUUUUUUAGUCCUAUUAGAAUAAAUGCAUGUAUAAUUACAUCUUUCCGAUGCACCAGAUAUCACAAUCAUAAAUGUAGCUUACAUAAUUUUAUUUCUGUGUCAUAUAUGAAACGAAAAACAAUAUUGUAUUGUAUUUAUUAAGUUGGGAUGCAGUGCUAAUAAUAGUGACAUUAUUUGAUAUUAGUUUCUAAGGUUGCAGUGACUGUAAUCACAUUGCUCAAUACAAAUGUGUGAAUAACGAAGUUGAGUAGGUAUUAGGUAGAUUAUUAUUUAUUAUCCUGGAUAACCAAAUAUUAAAUGAACUAUUGUAUCAAAUUAAAAUUAAGAUUGAUGGUUAUGUGUCGUAAUAGUAAUUUUUGUAA